AUGAUUGUUAGAUUCAGAACCAGGAAUGGGAUGCAAAGGAUCAGUUGUCAAGAAGGAGAGUCUUUUGGCAGCGUUAUUGAGAAAUUGGUGCCCAGUCUAGGUCCGCAGGUAGACAUGGAGACCUUAACUGUCGGUGAGAGGCAAGGGGAAGCAAAGCAGCCAGUGGCAGGUCUUCUUGACCGUUCUGUCAGUGAUCUGGGAUUGAAACACGGUGACAUAGUCUACGUGGCGUACCAGGAAAAGCCAGCUGAAGAGUCCGCAAAGGUAGACAGUGCUUCCCGGUCUGUGCAAGUAAGUGGUGGUACUCCUGAGCCACUUAGCGUGAAGGAGCUGCCAGUUGAUGAGGCAUUGGAGAAGAAGGACGGUCUGAUACCACGUAAGAGAUCCAGUUUGUGUAAGCAUGGGGAUCGCGCAAUGUGCGAGUACUGUUCACCGUUGCCACCUUGGGACAAGGAAUACCACAAAGAGCGCAACAUCAAGCACAUAUCGUUCCAUUCGUACUUAAAGCAGCUGAAUGAGCAUACCAAUAAGGCCAACGGCAGCUCUUAUAUCGCCCCACUGUCGCAGUCCAACUUCAAGAUCGACAGGAACUGUCAUAACGGCCACCUGCCCUGGCCGCGCGGAAUAUGCUCCAAGUGCCAGCCGUCAGCCAUCACUUUGCAGCAGCAGGAGUUUAGAAUGGUCGAUCAUGUCGAGUUCCAGCGUAGCGAUAUCAUCAACGAGUUCAUCCAAGCAUGGAGAGAAACUGGUACCCAGAGAUUUGGCUACCUGUAUGGGGCAUACCAGGAGUACGAUGCAACGCCUUUGGGGACCAAGGCUGUCGUGGAGGGCAUCUUUGAGCCCGCUCAGCACGACGAACAGGAUGGCCUAACCCUAGACGUCGAACAGAUGUCGCAAGAGAUGCAGAAGAUCGACUCGCUUGCCGAGCAGAUGGGUCUACAAAGGAUAGGGCUGAUCUUCACUGAUUUAAGUGACGCGGGGUUCGGCGAUGGUUCAGUGUUGUGUAAAAGACACAAGGAUUCUUUCUUUCUGUCAUCGCUGGAAAUAAUCAUGGCCGCCAAGCACCAGGUGAGACACCCGAACGUGAGCAAGUUCAGCGAGCAGGGUGUCUUCUCGUCUAAAUUCGUCACCUGCGUUGUGUCUGGUAAUCUCGAGAGUGAGAUCGACAUCGCAUCCUACCAGGUCUCCACGAGCGCGGAGGCCCUUGUCGAAGCUGACAUGAUCAGUGGUUGCACGCAUCCUUCCAUGGCUUACAUCAAUGAUACAACGUCUGAGAGAUACGUACCGGAAAUUUUCUACAUGAAGCAAAACGAGUACGGUCUGACAGUCAAGGAGAACGCCAAGCCAGCGUUCCCCGUCGACUAUCUGCUGGUAUCGCUUACUCACGGUUUCCCCAAGGACGCCGCUGAGAACAAGCCUCUUUUCGCCACCGCUGCCGGAUUUCCCUGGGCUAACCGCCAGGCAAUGGGCCGGUCGCAGGAUUACCACGAACUGAAACGCUACUUGCUGCCUGCCGCCAGCGGCAACGACCUCAAAACACUACACGACAAGAUAUCGAAUUUCCAGCUGCUUCUCUACGUACACUCGCUUGAAGUGCUGUCCUCACAAGAAUGGGCGCUGCUCGUCGCCGCGGCAACUACCAAUGACUACGAGCAUUCAAUGCUGCUGCUGACCUCAUCGCCCGGCUGGCAAACGCUCGUCAUGAUCCUUCAACAGAGCUAG